ACACUACUGGCCCUUAGAAUCUUGUUAUAUUUCUUUCGCUAAAAAUCAUCGGGAUUAUCGUAGACACUGGAAAGCUUUAGUAUAUACAGUAAACUAAGUCGAUGGACCUAAUACUGAAAUAUGCAUUUUUGUACCGGAUUGCAGUUUUUUCUUCAGAUGAUAUAAGUUAUAGGACUUUAGGAGAAAGUGAAAACGCGUGAAAGCCUUCUUGAAAGAAAAAGUGGGGUUGUAGGCGCCGUCUGCCCCACAUCUCCUUCUGCGGUACCGCCAAGUUGUCUUGAGAAAGAUAAGUUAUCUUUUUGUUACCGACGAUGUUGUCCCGCAGACUUGGGACGCUGCCAUCCAGCCAGUACGGCACGCGUUAGCACGGAGUUGUGACAGGCGGCCAUGGCGGGUCUACAACGGUAACGCCAGUGACCGGCCGUGCCCUUGUGAACUCCAGGCGAACCCUUGCACUAGCUGGCACCCCAGGCAAGUCGCUAAUGAGAUGCGCGACCCAUAUGGCCUCGGUGGAGGGAAGGGAGGACCGUGAGACGGAGCAGGCCCCGGCGGCCGCGAGCCUCGUGUGCCAGGUCGGACAGCCCGUCUACCGCCGGCUGAUAACGGGACGUGUUCGGGGGGUGACAUGGGCCAUCUGGGAAUAACGUCAUCCGUGUGUUGUCACAAUCGAUGGCGUGGAUCCGGAUGUGUUGAGGGCAAACUUUACUGUGCGGAGGAGCCAGUAUCUCCGGAGAAUGAGGGAUUUAUCUAAUGUUCAGCAGAUUCGGCGCAGGAUUAAGCAGUUCUCCUACGCAAUGAGCGAAUGUUCACCCCAAGUUGCAGCAUAUGGCAGCUGUGUGGCAGCCAAGGAGAAUGUAAAGAAGGGAGACUGUGCCAAGGAGUUCCAGGCUAUGAAGGACUGUGUACGCAAGGCGAUACAGAAGUCUCAUUAGUGUGAAAGGAGCCAUGGAGACAGUCCAGGGCCUGCUGACCAGGCGGUGCACACGUGUGGCUCUGCACCAGGUGCGCUACAAGAAGCAGAUGUACCGGAAUAGGAAGCCACCCACCUGGGCCUCACAGGUGGCGCUGGACAUGUUCGACCAGUACUACAAGCGCCAGUUUGGAACGCGCUGGUCCUCCAUUCGUCUGGCUCUCCUGUCCGAACCCAAACAUGCCGCUCUGGUCAACAACUACGGCCACGCUCCCGAGGCCGUGUGUGCUUACCUGGAAGCUCUCGGUGCUGUUGACAUCAUGGAUGCCAAUGUUCAACAGGCUCUCAGGCCAGUACGGCGAGCAAAGAGAGGCGUGCAAGGUGCUGCACAUGUUGCUACUGUCCAGGAAGAAACUAAAACAGUUGAACACUCCUGGUCAGAGGAAAGCAUGUAUGAUGAUGAUGAUGAUGAUGUACCUAACCCUGUGACUGGCGAGCCCGGGCUGACCGGUGGUGUGAGUGGACAAGACAGUCCGGUCAGUCUUCCCGACAUCCCCACCAAUCUGAGACUGCUGAGCAUGGCAGACACAAGCAGGUUUCCCCAGGCAAAACCUGACCCGGACGGAAUCCUCACGUACUACGUACUGGAUGCUGCGUCCGUUCUCCCAGUGUUGGCUCUUAAUCUGAAGCCCGGGGACAUUGUUUUGGACAUGUGUGCUGGUCCCGGAGGCAAGACUCUCGCCAUAAUCAACACAUCUGUGUCACUUUCAGGGAUCAUCGCCAACGAGCCUAAGGCUAGUCGCUGCAAACGUCUGAACCAGGUACUGCGUCUGUACCUCCAGCGAGGCCUGAGUGUCCAGAAGGGAGUGAAAGUAACCAGUUUUGAUGGUUGCAGGUGGGGUAAAAUGUCCCCAAACUCUUUCGAUAAAGUCCUGGUGGAUGUGCCAUGUACCAGCGACCGCCACUCUCUCACGCAUGAUGAGAAGACGAACAUCUUCCACGUGUCCAGGCUGCGCGAGCGUACAGAGCUGCCCGACCUGCAGGUGAAGCUGCUGAGCUCUGCGCUGGCGGCGGUGCGUCCCGGCGGGGAGGUGGUGUACUCCACGUGCACCAUGUCACAGAUGCAGAACGAAGGUGUGGUGUACAUGGCCAUGGAACAUGCCAACCAGACCUCCAACAUCCUCACCGAGGUGGCCGACGUCUCUAACCUUGUCCAGUUCUUCCAGCAAACCUUCACGUUUUCAGAAGGCUGCAGGAUCGGCGCACUGGUGCUGCCCAGUCUGCCCAACAACUGGGGACCUAUGUACUUUUGUAGACUGCGCAGGAUUAACUAAUCUCUACUUAUGUAGACUUUGCACUUUAAAUUUCAGGAUGAACUAAUCUCCCCAGGAUUGGCUAACUGUACUUCUUUAUGAAGAUUUAAAAUGUUUCAUGUAAAGUGCUUACCAAAAAGCAUUCAGUCAGCUGUCUGGUUGAAAUGAGUCAUGGAAAUGUGACACAGCAAAGCCAAGUGUUCACCUGUUAUAAAGGUGAUGUUCUCUGUAUACAAAGCAAAGCCAAGUAAUUGUUCACCUUUUGAAGUCAUCUGAAGCUUUGAUGGCAAGACAAGGCUCAUCCUCAAAGGAGUGAAAUCAUGUAAAAGUUUUCAUGCCAAUUUUGAUGUAUUCUAAGCACUGUAAAUGGACAAAUAUCCUGUUAAGUUAUGCUUAUGAUUCAUACUUAGGAACAAAAACUGAAAAUAUAAAUUACCAUGCUAAGUCAUGAUUUUAGGCCUCAAAGCAUUUGAAAAAUAGGUUAAAGAAUUUAAGUGAAGAUAUUCAUUCUUUUGUAAACAGCAAUAUUGUCUCAAAUACAUAAUAUAGAAAAGUUGAUGUGCUGGAAAAAGGCAAUGUCAGUAACUUCUACCAAGAAUUUAAAUGGCCAGUUGAGUAUAAAACAUCAAGACGUGAAGGAUGACCACCAUGAAAUACUAGUACUAUUAGUACUAGUAUAUGGAUAUUGGAGCAAUGCUUGUUCAGAAAGUCUCUGCAUACUAUGAAAAUUUGGCAUAGGCCCCCAAAAGACAUUACAUUUACUGCAGUGGAUAUCUUGGGUUUGUGGAGUGAGACAUGAAAAUAUGCAAUAAAGUUGAGUCCAUAUUACUGUA